AUGAAGACUACACUUUUCACCGUCGCUGCGGCCGCAACUGCAGCCAACGCCGCUACGCAGAGUGCCUAUGGCCAAUGUGGUGGUCAAGGCUACACCGGUGCUACGGAUUGUGUGUCUGGCUAUUUCUGCCAGUCGAGCAACCAGUACUACUCUCAGUGCGUCCCUGGUUCUGCGUCUACAGCUGCUGCAUCUCAGCCAACAACUGUGGCAGCAGUAAAGACCACGACCAGUGCGAGCAAGCCGACCACAGUAGCUAGUGCUGCAACCAGCUCUGCCGCUGCUGCGGCGGCCACUGGUAAGGUCGCCUAUGCCGGAGUCAAUAUCGCCGGUUUCGAUUUUGGCUGCGGCACUGACGGCACUUGCACUACCUCCAGCGUCGACCCACCAGGUACCGCCGGUAUCAACCAGAUCAAGCACUUCGUCACUGAUGAUGGCUUGAACGCCUUCCGUCUGCCAGUCGGAUGGCAAUACCUGGUCAACAACCAGCUCGGUGGCACCCUCAAUUCCGCCAACUUGGCCAACUACGACAGCCUCAUGCAGGGUUGCUUGAACAGCGGCGCUGCUAUGUGUAUCCUAGAUGUCCACAACUAUGCCCGCUGGAACGGCCAGGUUAUUGGACAAGGUGGACCUACCAAUGCUCAAUUCGCCAGCUUGUGGUCUCAAUUGGCUACCAAGUACAAGAGCAACUCCAAGGUCGCUUUCGGCGUCAUGAACGAGCCUCAUGAUCUCACCAUCGGCACAUGGGCCACCACAGUCCAGGCCGCCGUCACCGCUAUCCGCCAAGCCGGUGCCACAUCCCAGAAGAUCCUCCUUCCAGGAACCGACUACACCUCCGCCGCCAACUUCAUCGACAACGGUUCCGCUGCAGCCCUCAUGAAGGUAACCAACAUCGAUGGAAGCACUACCAACCUCAUCUUUGACGUCCACCGCUACCUCGACUCCGAUAAUUCCGGCACCCACGCCCAGUGCACCACAAAUAACGUCGCCACUUUCACGACCCUCGGCAACUACCUCCGCACCAACAAGAGGCAAGCUAUGCUCACUGAGACUGGUGGCGGAGCCAGCGAUAGCUCUUGCUUGACUAUGGUCUGCCAGGAGCUGGAUACUUUGAACACCUACUCUGAUGUCUUUUUGGGCUGGACUGGAUGGUCGGCGGGUAUGUUCGAUACCAGCUACGUGCUUACCGAGACUCCCACGCUCAGUGGUUCGACAUACACCGAUCAGCCGCUUGUCAAGCAGUGCAUUGCGGGCAAGUUCAAGGCGCAGAAGUAG